AUGAAGCUCCUGGGGACUGCCUUCUUUAUUCUUGCUGUACUCUGUGUUUGCACUGUAGGAGAAGAUGGCAUUCAAAACAGUACUGUCAAGCCAACCACUUCUGCAGUAACACCAAAAGCUGUGGAACCUGUGACUACAACAGCUUCACAAGCAACAUUGGCAACACCAGUGCUGACAGCAGUUGCAGUCAGAACUACAAAUGAAACCACCACAAGCAGCUCUACAUCUUCUUCACCUAAUGCUACAUCACAAACAACACAAGGUACAACAAAGCAACCACCAGCAGUGACUACAGCAGCAAGUACAAGUCUCAGCACAACAAAUACUACACAAGCAAAUGGUACACAGUUGGAACAAAAUGAGAGUUUGAAUGCUGCCUCUACUACGGGACGGUCAUUUUCUUCUAUGGUCUCUCCAGAAACAAGCACUACUUCUUCUGGAACCUCAGGCCUUCUCACGAGCUCUCCUACAAAUUCAGCAAAGCCAACUUCUGAAAGUCCUAAAAGCAGUUCUGGAAACCAGACAGGGAGUGAUAUCAGCUAUUCUAAUAUUAUCUUGCCAAUUGUCAUCACCCUGAUAGUCAUUACCCUCUCUGUCUUCUCACUGGUGGCUUUGUACAAAAUGUGCCAGAAGAAAACUCCAGAGAGACAAGAGAAUGGUGCUGAACAAGCCCAGUCAGAUAAAGAAGGAGUCAAACUACUUUCUGUGAAGACGACUUCUCCUGAGACUGGAUCUUACAAAAUCUGCAGUAAUGAAGCCUAA